GAGAAUUUAUUAUUGAUUGAAGCUUUAUAUAUGUAAUUAUAGAGUUUAUUCACUGAUUCGUUUCGAUUUUAAUUCGAAAGUAGGGUGAAAUUUUAUGCUAUUUGUUGAAUAUGUAAAAAGUGUUUUUGAAACUAUUUUGCGUUGUUUAUGGUAUAUUGAAAAUUAGUGUAAAAGCGUUUAGUUGGUUACUAUUGCAUAAUAGAUGUUAUAUUUUCCAAAUAAUAGAUCUUAGAAUUGUUAUUCGUAAUGUGCUUUAAAGUUUUUUUUUUCGGUUGUGAAUGGUGUUUUAGUUUUCUUACUGUUAUUUUUUAAAUAAUAAAUAACACAAUUUUCUUUAAUCUUAAAUUUGAAAUAUAAAGAAAGAAAAAGAAAAUAAAUUGAAAGCAUUCGGAUUUUGUUAAUCCUUAAGUCAUGGCUUACUUAGCAAAAGCUAAAAAAAUUGACUUAUUAGAAGUGUGUGAAGAAAUUGGCGUGGAUGCUGACUCUUCUAGUAAAGUAGUGGAAAUUAAGAAUUUAAUUUUGAACAGCCCGGCUUAUAAGGAAGAUGAAGUAAAGAUUAUUCUAGAUAGAAUUAUUGAGGACAGAAAACAAGAAGAGAAAACUCAACAAGAUGAGAUAGAUAGACAAGAAAGAAUUAGACAAGAAGAGAGAGAAGAUAGAUUGGCGAGUGAAGCCCAAUUACAUGAACUGGAAGUAAAAAAAUUAGAACUGGUGAAUAAGGAUCCUGUUCAAAAUAGUGAUUCAGAAAAUAAAGUUGAAUAUUCUCAUCGAAUUCCUCUUACUCAGAUUACGCCCAAAUUUGAUGAAAAGCACGAUGAAAUGGGACUCUACCUUAUAAAUUUUGAGAGAAGAGCAGAGAUGGCUCAGGUACCAAAGAAGGAUUGGGUUGCUUAUAUGUUAGCGGUUUUACCUGGGGAAUUAUCUAACAGGCUGGCAAGAGAAAAACCUGACGAUGCUAUUAACUAUGACUUUGUAAAAGAUCUUAUCUUGAAAAGUUAUAAACUGAAUAGUGAAAAAUUGAAGCAAUGUUUUUAUAGACAUCAAAAAUCCCAGGACAAAUCUUGGAGAAAUUAUUCACAAGAACUGUCUAGUUAUUUUACCCAGUGGAUUACUGAAUUGAAAAUUGAGAACCUGCAGCAGCUUAAAGAUCUGAUAAUAACGGAGCAAUUGAAGUUUCGAGUACCUGUGGAGAUAAGAGAACAUUACUUAGAAGAUUGGCUGAAAUUUAUCACUCCAUUUGAAUUAGCUGAAAAGUUGGACAACUUUGAAAGUAUUAGAGAGAGUUUUAAAAAGAAAGAUUUUCCCAAAAGGAAUUUUUCUAAUAUUAGAAACCAAAAUUGGAACUCUAAGUUUAAUGAGAAUAAAAAAGAAUUCAAGCCGAAAUUGUUGACAAAAUCGGAAAUAUCUCAAGAAAAACUAAGAGAUAGAGAAUUUGAAAAGGGAAAACCCCUUCGUUGCUAUGAAUGUGGCUCUAGCAAUCAUCUUAGACCUCAAUGUGAUAAGUUAAAGAAAACUCAAGAAUCUAUUUCGCAUGUUGUAGCUGACAAAAGUAUUGAUGAACUGAUGUCACGUUACAUUAGUGUAGAUAAAGUAAAUGGAGUUGAGAUGAAAAUUUUGAGAGAUACUGGUGCAACUCUAGAUCUAAUUUGCAACAAGUAUGUGAAACCACAUAUGUAUACAAAUGAAAAGGUUUGGUUAAGAACACCUUUGGAAGAAACUUUGACAUGUUUGCCUCUUGUAGAAGUUGAGUUGGAGUGUGAGAUGUGACACAUAAUCACUAAAGCUGCAGUCUUAAGAGAUUCCUUAGAUCAAGGUAGAUAUCUGCUUGGAAACAAAACUGCUAUGCUGUUUGAAGAG